CACCUAGUGGUUUUAGUCUCUGCAUUGUGCUGAAACCUUAGUUUGAUUGACACCGUUACAAAUGACAGACACGAUGGAGAAAGUUAUUUUCUUCUUCUGUGUAUUUUCUUAUUGGAUUAUUCCAGUCACGUCCAUUGGUGUACAAGGAUCUUUUGAUCUGCUAAGAGUUCAGAAGGGAGCAAACAUCAGUCUGAACUGCAGCAUGAGAAGCCGAUAUGAAGUCGCCUGGUAUCACCUCAAUUCAGAAGAACACAUUCUACUGAUUUCUGUGAAGAAAGACAAAACGGGAAAUACUCUCCUGACCAACUACAAUCAAAACAUUACUCGACUGAAAAUUAUUACAGACACAUUGAUCACCACAGUCUCUUUAAAUAUUUUAGGAGUAACAGAGUCAGAUUCAGGCAUUUAUUCCUGUGGAGCAAAGAAAAACACUCCAGAGAUGUUCUUUGACAAACCCAUCAGACUAGAGAUCGAGGGUCUAUUUGUAACAGAAAAGCCAAAAGAAGUUGACAUCGCAGAAGAAGUGACUACGAAAGAGAGAGCAUUGAUGUUCGGUGGUGUUGGUCUGGCUAUUGCUGUGUUUUUUCUGGCUACAGUCAUUGCAGGAGGAAUCAUUCACUAUCGCGGUUGGCAGAAAGGUUGGGCCGCAGCCAAAAAACGCUCAUCUCUGAUUCAUCACAAAUCAGCUAAAUAACUUCUAUUUCUGCUUUAUUUCACAGUCUAACUCAAUAUAUUCCGAGAUUUGCUUUGCAUCGCUGUAGAUCACCACAAAUUAAAACAGAAACUGUGGCUCAGAUGUUUUUCCUGUUGACCAGAUUUACUUACACUUUAGAAAAGCUAAUCUGAAUAUUGUCAGUGAUAUUCAGAUAAACAGCAAAAUGUUGCUACUGCCUCUUUCUUUAAUGCAGCAUUUAUUAAAUUAACAUGCAUAAUGUUUUACACAACUGCAGGUUUAUAUGUAGAGAAUGAGCUCAAAAAGAACAUAUGCUUGAAGAAGGAAACAUGCUUGAGUAUCAUUCGACUAUAUUUAUACAUUAUAUAUUUAUCUAGAGAAGCAUUACUAUGUAGAUAUAAGCUAUAAGAGAAAGUAAGAGCAAAUAUAAAAGUCAUCUCUUUUAUGCCACAUAAACAUUGAUUAAAAUGUUUUAAAUGUUAAACGUGUUACGUGUUGUUGAGAAUUACAAUCAAAUAAACAUCAGUAA